AUGGCUGUGCUCUUGCUGAGACAUGUUGGUCAUCAUUGCCUCCGAGUCCACUUUAGCUCUCAGCUCUGUAUCAGAAAUGCUGUUCCUUUGGGAACCACGGCCAAAGAAGAGAUGGAGCGGUUCUGGAAUAAGAAUAUAGGUUCAAACCGUCCUGUAUCUCCCCACAUCACUAUCUACAGUUGGUCUCUUCCCAUGGCGAUGUCCAUCUGCCACCGUGGCACUGGUAUGGCUUUGAGUGCAGGGGUCUCUCUUUUUGCCAUGUCGGCCCUGUUACUCCCUGGGAACUUUGAGUCUUAUUUGGAACUCGUGAAGUCCCUGUGUCUGGAGCUAGCACUGAUCCACACAGCUAAGUUUGCACUCAUGUCCCCUCUCAUGUAUCAUAACUGGAAUGGGAUCCGACACUUGAUGUGGGACCUAGGAAAAGGCCUGAAGAUUCCCCAGCUAUACCAGUCCAGAGUGGUUGUCCCGGUUCUUACUGUGUUGUCCUCUAUGGGGCUGGUAGCCAUAUGA